UUUAAUUUUUUUUUGGCAAUAGCUUAAAAUUUCAGUAAAAAAAUUAAAAAAUGAAGUAAUUUGUGUUUUGGUAUUUCCCUGAAAUGAUUUUCAGGAAAAUAAACGAAUAAAUAUACACUUGUGCUGAAUCCUCAAAAAAAUGCACAAUUUAUACAACUUAAAUCAAUAUAUUUUUAACUGAUCAAUCACGGAAGUUAAAAUUUCAACAUGCAGAAGGCAAAAAUUUGUCCAGACGAGGGGGACCCCUAUGUUGUGCAUUGUCCUGCACAUUGUCCAAAAUUAAAAGAUCCAACAAAGCGAGCUUGUGGAGGAGUUGAUUCUUAUAAUCUAGGUAUUUGUCCUGAUGCCGGCAAUCCUUCUGUAGUGCAUUGUCCAGCGCGUUGCCCAUCAUUAAGAGCGGCUGCAAAUGCCACAUCUCUGUGCGGAUCAAGUAAUCGUUCAAGGCCCAUUACUCCAAGUGUAUGUCGAGAUGCAGGUCCCCCAAGAGAAAUAAAUCUUAGAAGAAGCCCCACUGGAUAUCCUAAUCUGUAUUCAGGCGGAGCCGGUGGAGGUUCAAUUCCUAAAAUUCAAUUACAAGACGAAUACGGAAGAAUUGGCCCAUGUCCGGAGGAAGUCAAUGAAUUACCAUGUCCACCCAAAAAUCGAUCAUUUCAAUCACCAUGCCCAGCACAAGCUUCGUCAAAUUUGUUACAAGUUCCAUCAAUUCGACCGCCACGUCGCCCACAAAGUUCUUCUCGUCGAUCACCACGUCCAAUUCAAAGUUCACCGAACGUUUCGCCAUGUCCAGCACAAGGUUCAACACAAACAGGCACACAAUUUAGUUUUGACUGUACAGCUGUUAUUCACAUAGAUUCGCCAAAUGGAGGAGCCGGUUGCCCAGAUGCAGGAUAUGACUACCAAGCUAAUUUUAAUCUAGUAAUAGAUGUUGAUAAUAAUGAAAUGUAUAUAACGUGAAACUUCCUGAGGAGAGAAGCCUUUUGCUUGAUUACAUUCAUCCAAUUUACAGUGAUGUUAUGCAAAACCAACUUAAUUAAAUAAUUAUUGUAGUAAAUGUACUAAGAAAAUUGUAACCCUUUCAUAA